CCGCUAGGGUUUAUCGGGAUGAUUUCGCGAGGAGGAGGUUUGUGGCAUUGCUCGAUCCAGAGAGAAAAUGCGAGCUAUCGGUGUGAUCUGUGGAGAAAUCUCUAGAGGUUUCCAUGCUGAAAUGCCGGCAGCUGCGAUGCGUCUGAGAAUUCCAAGAGAAUGAGGAUAGAGGGAAGAUCAAGCUCUGAGAAUUCCAAGAGAAUGAGGAUAGAGGGAAGAUCAAGCUUUGUAGAAUCAGCCGACGUUACGAAGAAGAAUGCUAGAUUAAAACUGGACAAGGGGCCAAAUGAGAAGAAAGUUCUCGAUUGGCAGACACUGUGCAAAGUAGGACGUGUUGACGAGCCAUGGAGGCUUAAACACGCAAGAUUCAAGGGCCAUGGCAUCAAGAAAAUCGAUCCACAAAAGUUUGGAGAGUUUACUUCCCUGCGUUACAUCAAUCUCACCAGCAACUUUGUGCCUCUUGAGUCCCUUGCACCGUUUCCUUUCCUCCAAAACGUUUGCCUCCAACGGAAUCGACUACUAUCGGUGAAUCCCCCUGCACAAAAGUUUACGGCCCUUCAGGAGUUGGAUGUGUCGUAUAACAAGUUGAAGGCAUCGGCUAUGGUUGCGUUGUCGACGUUGCCAGACUUACGCAGGCUCAACAUAGACUACAACUAUUUGGGCAAGAUACCGGACGAGAUAGGAGACUUGGGGGCAUUUCCUAGUUUGCAAAAACUUUCUGCAGCAGGAAAUGGUCUUCACUCAUCGUCCCUCAUACCCUUAAGCAAGACAGCUAUACUGAUACGAAGGCUGGAGCUGCUUUGCUUGUCGAGAAACUCGAUCAGUAGCUUGCCAGAGGAGGUGUUUUCGUGGCCUAAGCCAUUCCGGCGGCUCACGGAGCUGGAUUUGUCUUUUAACUGCCUCAAAGAGCCUCACACGCUAGUGUCCCUGAGGUUUCUGGAGCAUUUGAACAAGGUGAUAUUGUGGGGGAAUCCCAUCGCAAAAAACGUUGGGCAACCGGUUAUCAAAGCGUAUCUUCAAGCACGGCAAAGUGGUCAGUCGUGGGCUUUGGAACCGCCACCUCCGUCACGGCAUCCAUACCAAAGAUUCAUCCCAGUUCUUCGCCCACAAUCCUGUUUACUCAAUGACGCUGAGCUUCACGCAGCUGAAUGCAAGCCAGACCCCAAACCCGAGAAGAAGGAAAAAAAAGAGGAUCCUCAGGAAACCCCAGCGGCGGAUAGAUCCGCAUUUGGAGCAUCAAUGGCGUUUCUAACUCUCAAACGAGAGCUAGCAUUUCCGCCCGCUUCGUCGGAGCUUAAACCUCCUCACUACUGGGCUCCUCCAAAGAGGCAGGACAGUAGCUUGUUGGAAGCCACGAGACGACGCCAUCGCCCCACGCUUUUGCAAAGAGUCCGGAAAAUGCAGGCUGAGCAGGAGAAGCAAAGAACUGAUGUUAUUCUCAAGGGAAUGCAAGAGCGCUUGAAACGUGUAGAGAGUGGGCUGAGCUUCUUGCAAAACAAGCUAACACCCCUUUGUAAGGCGGCUUAGUUUUCUUUUCCAAUUUGUAGCUCUAGAAGUUCACUGGUUUUCCAUUCUCAGUGAGCUUAGGCUUGCAAAACAUGUAAACAGAAAAAAAUGUCGAAAGAACGAAGCGAAAAAUAAAAAAAACCAGAAGAGGGAGGCAUGUCCUUU